UGAGUGGUAAUGAACACGAACAUAUGUUUUAUAGUGCUUGCUAUCUGAGAGGUGUUCAUUAUCUCGGUACUCGGGGCAACAAGAAGUGAAUCAAACAGUCGAAUUUAACAUUAAUUACAAAAUUGUUUUUUAAAUAAAUAGUUUUUGUUAAGUAAUUGUUUUUUCACCGCUGAAUAAAUUCGAUUUAAUCGCUUGUAUCAAAUUCGUGAAAUUUUGAACUUCAUAUAGGAUACAAAUAAGUUCCAGAAAAUACAUAACACAGUAUGUCUGGAGAUUAUUAUUCUGUACUGGAAGUCACUCCGAACGCUUCGUUAAGUGAUAUAAAAAAAUCUUACAGAAGAUUAGCAUUGAAAUGGCACCCUGACAAAAAUCCAGAAAAUCAAGAACAAGCAAACCGAAUGUUUAAAGAAAUUUCAGAAGCAUAUGAAGUCUUAUCUGAUGAGGCAAAGAGAAAGUUGUAUGAUGAACAGCGUAAAAGAAAAGUGUCCGCAUCGUCCAGACCAUUCUUCUACAACUUCUUUGAAAGCCCGUUCCAUCGUUAUUUCGACAAAAAACGAAAAAUAUACAACCAAUAUGGCAAAGAUGGUCUGAUAAACGGUGGUUCUGGAAAUGGUGGACGUCGCAGAAGUAAUCAACGAAAUCCAGGGUUCUUUGAUCCAUUUGGCCAAGAUUUUGGACCUGGUUUCUUUAGCUUUUCGUUCAGAGAUCCUGAAGAUGUGUUCAAGGAAUUUUUCAAUACGUCAGAUGUUACAGAUCUUCUAUUCCCUGGUCAAAGAUUCAGUAACGGACAUCAGGAAAUAUCUUCAAUGAUGAAUCCAUUUGGAUUUGGAGGUUUUGGAGGUGGUUUCGGUUCUGGAUUUGAUACUAUGUUCUCAAUGGCGAAUAAUGGAUAUUCUGGUCAUAAUGUCAAUGGUGGUAAUAUGAAAAGAACAUCAAUAUCUACCCGGUUUUCAAAUGGGAAAAAAAUUACCACCAAAAAGACUUUUGAACAUGACACAGAAAUAGUGGAAACGUACGAAAAUGAUACGCUCAAAUCGAAGACUAUUAAUGGUGUGGCGCAAGCAAUCACAUAUGGCCAUUAGCUUGAUCUCCUCCCCUCCCACCUCAUUAUCUACCAGAAAACCAUUAAUAAGCGAAUGCAUAAAACUAUGUGUUAAUGUAUAAAUAUAAUGGGAAAAUAGAUAUAAAAUCAAUUUUUUUUUUUUU